UAACGUCUGUGGGGAGCAGAUGUGUACAAAUACCAUCUCUUCAACCAUUCAGAUAAUCGGAUCGUUUCUUUUUGUGGGUUUCUGUCACUUUCUCUAUGGCUGCUGCUGAAUCCGACUCCAAAUCUCUUUUCUCUCUGGACUCCUACCAUGUCUCUGAGGAGCUUGGCUUCAUCCUCCCUGAUCCUCUGGAAGAGCUCCCACCGUAUUACCAGCCAUGGAUGGAUAUUGCCCUGCGAGUCCCAGAGCUUGUGCAGUCUCACGAGUUGCGCUUCCAUGUCAACAAGGUAAGUGAGGACAAUAAACCGACAAAGACAUUUGAAAAGCCAUGGUUCAGUGUUGAUACUCUGUCUGUCCAGAUGCCGCUGCUGAGCAGCCAGUUUCUGCAGAAACACCGGGAGUUACGGCUGGCCCACCUGGCCCUCAGCGUGAUGACCAUGGGCUACGCCUGGCAGGAGGGAGAGAACAACCCAGUUGAGAUGCUGCCGCAUAACCUGGCCGUUCCAUACUGGGAGGUGUCACAGCGCUUAGGGCUUCCCCCAAUUCUCACCCAUGCAGACGCUGUACUGGCUAACUGGAGGAAGAAGGAUCCAGAGGGACCUUUUGACGUGGAGAACCUGGCGCUGCUGGUCAGCCUCCCAGGUGGAGACAGUGUUCGAGGUUUCUUUAUGGUUACUCUGCUGGUGGAGCUGGCAGCACUCCCAGCACUAAGGAACAUUCCCACUGUGAUCAAUGGCGUCAGGUGUGGCGACACUGAGGCUGUGGCCAGAGCCCUGGAGGAUAUCAGUCAGUCAUUACAGGACAUGACAGAUGCACUCAAACUGAUGCAUGUAUAUGUGGAGCCUUCGAUCUUCUAUGGCAUUAUGAGGAUCUACCUGUCUGGGUGGAAAGACAACCCAUGUAUGCCAAAGGGGUUGGUUUAUGAAGGGGUCCAGACGGAACCAAUGGAGUUCUCAGGUGGGAGUGCUGCACAGAGCAGCCUGCUGCACUGCUUUGAUGAACUUCUAGGAGUCAAACAUGAAGCAAAAAGUGGUGCCUUUCUAACCCGCAUGAGGAACUACAUGCCACCUGCUCACAAGCAACUGAUCCAGGACAUCUCGUUGCAACCCUCCCUAAAGAGUUUUGUCCAGCAGCAGGCUAGCGAGGGGCUACACGAGGCUUUCCAGCAGUGUGUCACAAAACUGUUGGGUUUGCGCAGCUACCACAUCAAUGUUGUCAGCCGUUUCAUCACUGUACCCGCUGCCCGCGCCCGACAACUUCGUAACCAGAGCCAGGAUUUAGAGGCGGAGACGAUUGGCACAGCACCCACGGCAUUGGAGGAGAGGGGCACUGGUGGCUCUUGCAUCAUGACCUUCCUUAAGACUGUUAGAGACCAAACAAAAGAGGCCUUCCUGCCUGAGACAAGCAAAGAAAUGAAUCGCCACAGCUGAUGUCAACUACAUCACAUAAAACAGGCAAUAAAUCACCUCUCUGAUUGCUUAACACACUAUUUUAUGUCAUUAAAAGUGCAUUUCGGCAGAAUAA